CAGAGCCGACCAAAAAUCCCAAACAAGGAAAUGGUGGGGUAAUAAAACGAUCGGAUCAUUUAAUUAAUGCAUGUAAUAAUUAAUAUUUUAUUUUAUCGUAAAUUAAGAAAUAUUUAUGGGUUAAAAUGGACUACGACUUCAAAACGAAGCUCGCCGCCGAGAGGGAGAGAGUGGAAGAUCUGUUUGAAUAUGAAGGUUGUAAAGUGGGACGCGGCACGUACGGGCAUGUUUAUAAAGCGAAGCGUAAAGACGGGAAGGACGAGAAGGAGUAUGCACUGAAACAAAUAGAAGGCACUGGGAUAUCCAUGUCUGCCUGCAGGGAAAUUGCUUUGCUGCGAGAGCUAAAGCAUCCAAAUGUUAUUGCCCUGCAGAAAGUAUUUCUGUCCCACAGCGACCGUAAAGUCUGGCUGCUGUUUGACUAUGCUGAGCAUGAUCUGUGGCACAUCAUAAAGUUUCAUCGAGCAUCAAAAGCCAAUAAGAAGCCCAUGCAGCUGCCGAGGGGGAUGGUGAAGUCACUGCUGUACCAGAUUUUAGACGGCAUCCAUUACCUGCAUGCUAACUGGGUCCUGCACCGAGACCUGAAACCUGCCAAUAUCCUGGUUAUGGGGGAGGGCCCAGAGCGGGGAAGGGUCAAAAUCGCUGACAUGGGUUUCGCUCGACUUUUUAACUCUCCACUGAAGCCAUUGGCAGAUCUGGAUCCAGUAGUUGUCACGUUCUGGUACCGAGCACCCGAACUGCUGCUUGGAGCGAGACAUUACACCAAAGCAAUCGAUAUCUGGGCAAUAGGCUGUAUCUUUGCAGAGCUGUUGACGUCAGAACCGAUCUUCCAUUGUCGACAGGAAGACAUAAAGACCAGCAAUCCUUUUCAUCACGACCAGUUAGAUCGCAUAUUCAGCGUCAUGGGCUUCCCAGCAGAUAAAGACUGGGAGGAUAUCCGGAAAAUGCCAGAAUAUCCCACUCUACAGAAAGAUUUCAGGAGAACCACAUAUGCCAACAGCAGUCUCAUCAAAUACAUGGAGAAACAUAAAGUUAAACCAGACAGCAAAGUAUUUCUACUGCUCCAGAAAUUGCUCACUAUGGAUCCCACCAAAAGAAUCACUUCUGAGCAGGCACUGCAGGACCCCUAUUUCCUGGAGGACCCCUUACCCACAUCUGAUGUAUUUGCAGGAUGUCAGAUUCCCUACCCCAAACGAGAGUUCCUCACUGAAGAUGAACCAGAGGAGAAGACAGAGAAGAAUCAGGCGCAGCAGCACCAGCAGACGGCUGCGCAGACACAAACCCAGACACAGCAGGCUCCAUCCCAGCAGAGCUCAGCGCAGACAAACGGCACGUCAGGCACUGCAGGGGCCAACACGGGCCCCUCCAUACAGCAUGGACAAGACCAGGGGCCCCCUAACAAAAAAGCACGCACCUCAGGAACUAGCGUUCUUCAAACAGACUACCAGCACUCCAGCUCUCGGCUUGGUUACCAGAGCAACGUCCAAGGCUCAACCCAGUCGCAAAGCACUAUGGGAUACUCGUCUUCAUCUCAGCACUCGCACCAGUCCCACCGAUACUGAGACACAAAUACACAAAAAAUACUGUAGUAACCACAAGCAUACGACCAGGCAAGUCAACAUUGUCAUUCAAAUGAAAAUGCUUACCUGUGGACGAUAGACUAAAGUCUAUUAAAGGGUCUGUCCUGUAAUACCCCAGCUCCGCUUCCUAUAAAUAUCAGCAAAUGUCACGUCCAACCAAAGCACAACUAUACAAACCCUUCCUUUCGAUCAGCACUCCACUGAAGUAUUGAAGCCAUUACCGUUGGCUGAAUGUUUGCCAUCAACACUACAGUUAUCUCAACAGGACCUCAAUACAUUUAAACGUCCACCAGCUUCAACACCAACCAGACCACAUGACCAGCUAAAAGGUUAGCGUCUUCAGUACCUACAGUCAUCAAGUCCAGUUUUACCACCCUUAGACCAAAUAUUAGCCAAAUCAGUGUCAACAUGAUCAGCCAACAAAAUGCUGUUUGGGUGAAUCUAACAAGACCUGUCAAGAACAUGUUUUAUAUUUCACCCCAAAAUCGACAGAAAUAAAUAAGAACUUAUAUUAUGCUUAAAAGUGUUGUAAGCGGUGUUGGUCAUUCCAAAACUUCUACACAGACGAGAAUUUGCAUUUUCUAGCCAUGGGUUUUCCUAUGGGUUUUUAUAAUGGCAGUUUUAAAUUUAUGAGUAAAAUAAAGUCUAUGGUAAACAUUACUUGAAAAUACAAAAAUAUAAAUUACACAGUCAUACCUCCAGAGUGAAUUUUGAAGCUGCAUUGAAGCAACAUACUUUUUUAAAACACACAUGGUGGCUAAAAAAUUCACGUUUGUGAUAUGAAAGUGUUUAAUUUAUGUGUAAAAAGGGUGGCCCACUGUCACUUUUUUAGUCUAUUGCCGUCACUUACAGGUGUGAUAUUUCAGGACACAUAAUUCAUUAAUAUCUGUCAAGUGAUAGAGACAUUUUCUGUGUGCCAUUCCAUAAAAAACGCUUACAGCGCCUUUAAAUAAAACGAAAGCCUAUUUAGGAACAUAAAGAUUGUUUGCAUUGUGACAUUAUUUUCAUUAUAUUAAAACAAAUUCCCCUUUACAUUACCUAAAUAUUACCUUAAUGCUUGAUGCAAAAAAAAAAAAAAAUCUCACUUUCAUAACUGUGUGUGUAUAUGUGUGUGUAUAUAUAUAGAUACAUACACAGUGGGAAGAAAAAGUAUGUGAACCCUUUGGAAUUUGGUUUUCUACAUUAAUUGGUCAUAGAAUGUGAUAUCAUCUUCAUCAAAGUUAGAAAAAAUCAUAGACAAACAACAAUGUGCUUAAGCUAACAACACACAAACAAUUAUAAUCUUUCAUGUCUUUAUUGAAAACAUCCCAUUAAACAUUCACAGUGCUGUGGAAAAAUAAGUGAACCCCUAGGCUAAUGAUGGCACCAAAAGCUAAUUAGAGUCAGGAGUUAGCAAACCUGGCAUCCAAUUAAUGAAACAAGAUUGGAGGUGUGGGUUAGAGCUACUUUGACUUAUAAAAAGCACUCAAACAGUUUGAGUUUGCUAUUCACAAGAAGCAUAUGCUGACGUGGACAAUGCCUUGCAAAAAAGAGAUCUCAGAAGACCUAUGAUCAAGAAUUGUUUCUUUGCAUAAAGCUGGAAAGGGUUACAAAGUUAUCUUGAAGAGCUUAGAUAUUCAUCUGUCCACAGUAAGAUAAACAAUAAUAAAACGAUUUAGUACUGUGGCUACUCUCUCUAAAUGUGGCAUCCAGCCAAGAUGACUCAAAGGGCACACAGAAGAAUACUCAAUGUGGUAAAAAAGAACCCUAGAGUGACAGCUAAAGACUUGAAGGAAUCAUUGGAACUGGUUAACUUCUCUGUUCAUGAGUCUACUAUACGGAUAUGGAAAACAUUAUACAGGCAUGGUGUCCAUGGCAGGACACCACGAUGGAAGCCGUUGCUUUCCAUCAAAAACAUUGCUGCAUGCCUGAAAUUUGCCAAAGAUCUCCGUGACGCUCCACAAUGCUACUGGAAAAAUGUUUUGUGGACUGAUGAAACUAAGGUUGAAUUGUUUGGGAAGAACACGUAGCACUAUGUAUGGCGUGCAUAUCACCCAACUAUGUGGUCCAAAAUUCCUUCUGAGCGUUGUGCAUUUUAUGACCAAUUAAUGCAGAAAACCAGCUAAUUCCAAAGGGUUCACAUACUUUUUCUUCCCAUUGUGUAUAUAUAUAUAUAUAUAUACACAUUUUUGCAUUACAGUUUUGAAUGUAUAUAUUUUUUAUGCCAUUAAGGUCAUAUAUGCAUAUGUGGGUAUAUAAAUAUAUUCACACAUCAUGGUAGUAUUUACUGUACAUCCUUUCAUUUAUUCAGAUUUUUAUAAAAUAUCAGGACCCACUUUAUACCAAGUGUCUUUAAAUACUCAUACUACUUAAGCAUUUGAAACAAUGUACUUGUUAUGUACAUACGUGUUGUUGCAUUGUAAUUUCAUUUAAAGUAUCUGCAUUUAAUUACAUCUGUAGUUAAACUGCUAACCAACCCUAAACUUAAUCCUACCACAACUCUAACCCUUACCCCUAACCCCUAACCCUACUCCUAAACCUACCCGUACCUCAACCUCAGAAGCAGCAAACAUAAAUGUUGUGUGAAUUUAGCAACACAACAUGUAGUUAAAUAAUAAAUACAUUGCAUUGUAUGUAUUUUUAUGUUAGUACAUGGUAGUUAAAGACACCUAAUAUAAACUGAGACCAAAUAUUAUUGUAUUACUGUAUUUUGUUUUACUGUAUUAAGGUAAAAAAAAAUAAAAAAGUAAAUGUCACAAAAAAAACAACAACAAAAAAAAACUAAUCGGAAUGGUCCUGCAAAUAGGCUUCCUUUUUUAAUGGGGGGGGGGGGGGUGAAAUAUAUCCCAGACAUGGUUUCAUAAGAUUCAAUCAUUCAAGCCAGAGUUCAAGAGGAAGUGGCACUAGGCUUAUUUAAACGUUUUGCUAAUGCAGCCUUAGUAACAGAAUUCACGGCUAAAUACAGGUUGUAUCUCUGAUUAUUAAAUUUACCAUCCGUUAGUGUCUGUUCAUCUCAAGCUUUUCUGAGACGCCCCCAUAUGAGGCUGCUUUCAUCCCUGAAACAAGUCAAAUAAGAGACACUUGCAGUAUAUAAACAAUUGUACAUAGGAACCAAACCUCUUAUCUUCCUCCUCCUCUCUCCUGGCAAAUGGGGCUGUCUGCAUGUACAGACAGUCCACCAGAGACUGAAUUUGUGUAAAAUAGAAAGACCAAUAAUAUUAUAUAUUAACAAAGAGCACUUAUCGAGAGAAACGGCACUCAGCAUGUGAGUGGAGAACUUCUCUCAUUGCUAACGUGCACCACUGCAGUUCUUCUCACUCCUUUUGUUGUGUAAAUGACAUGUUGUGUUUUCUUUUUUUUCCAUUUGUACAAAACAUAUACAGUGGGGUCCAAAAGUCUCAGACCAGUAAUGAAAAUACUUCUAGUUUGCAUUCUUUCUAUGUUAAUACCAAAUUUUUUCAUUUCAUUAAAUUAUAUUAUCAGCAUAACAAUUUGAAAAUUGAACAUAAUUUCAGAAUUGUUUAGUAUUUGAUGUGUCCCCCUUUUGCUUUAAAGACAGCAUGCCCUCGAGCUGACAUGAACAAAACUUGAUGAUCAUGUUAUUCAGCAUGAUUUAACCCUCCUAUGGUAUUGAAAAAUGGCACCUCCCUUUAGUAUUCACAGCCAUUUUUGACCGGAAGGGUCAGAUGUGUAACCCCUUUUUUUUAUGAUGAUAAUGAUACCAUUUAUUGUUCCCUGAAGUAAGAGCAAAACAAUUAUGCAAUUUUAUGCUAUUUUGAUCUUAUUAAUAUGUACAUUUCUAAAUUGUACCAUUAAUUUGCAUAUACAAAUAUGCACAUUUUUGAAAAAAAAAAAAAAUUCAGAACCUACACUUCUGUAAGUUGAUACAUUAAGAAAAUAUGAGAAUGUGACAUAAAUUGGAGGCAUAUUUCUGCCAUCUGGUAAACAAAAUCGAAAUAACAUGACUUGAAAACCAGGUCAUGCUAGUAACAGCCAGUUGAUGGCUGUAUCCACCUACUGUGUAGUCUGAUGGCUUGUUGUAACCUAAUUUUCUAUUUUAUCACAAGAUGCAUUUGGAUAUAUAUUUAAACAUGAUCAAACUAUUAUUUGUCAAAGUUUAGCAUUUUAAAAUUGAUUUGAAAUGUCAGAUUUUGCAGUUAGUCAUUAUGCUUGCAAUCAAACCUGACCAUGGUGUUAAAAAGAGGACACAGAGUAAGCAUUUUUCUACCAAUAAUUUAUUUAAAACAUAAAAAUGUAAUAAAGUAAAUGCAUAAUAAUGUCAAUAAAAUGAACAUCAAGAAACAGAAAUGAACUGCAAAAUUCUGAAAAUUCAAUUAGAGAAUAAAUAGAAGAAUCAGAAUAAACAUUUUGCAAUUUCAAACUUUAGUAAAAAUUUAUUUUGCAAACGUGUGUGUGUGUGAGAGAGAGAGAGAGUGUGAGUGAGUGAGUGUGUCAGAUUGCUGUCAUCAGCUGGAAAAUAACAGAUGACUUGUAAUGACAAAAAUGACCAAAAAAUGACUGUAAAGCUCCACUUAUUGAUGUCCUGGUUCUGUGUGUGUGUGUGUGUGUGUGUGAGAGUGAGUGAGUUGGUUUUUGUGGUUCACGAGUGUGUAGGUUACACACUAGUAAUUACGAGGGUAUUAUGCUAUAAAUGUGGUUUAUGAGGACAUUUCUAGUGUCCCUUUAAUUCAAACAGCUUAAAAAACAUAUUAAACAAUGUUUUUUUGAAAAUGUAAAAAUGCCUAAAGGUUUCUAUGAAGGUUAGGUUUAGGGGUAGGUGAAGGGUUAGGGGAUAGAAUAUAUAGUUUGUACAGUAUAAAAAUCUUUAUAACUAUGGAGAGUCCUCGUAAUGAUAAGAGUACCAAAUGGAGGAAAAGUCACCAAGUCUUGUACUGCUCAGAUAAAGGAAACCAUUUUUAUUACAUUUCAGUCAAAAAUUACAGGAUACCAUAGGAGGGUUAAAAAUGUUUCAAAGAGCACCUUGUGUGCUUUAAUUGAACAAAGGAAGUCCGACCUUUUGUAUCUUUUGUACAAAUGAGUUAACAUGCUCAAUGUCCUAAAUUUGCUUACAUUUGAUUAGUGCAGAAUUAGAAACAGAAUUCAUUUCUGUUGUGCAGAAUUUUAAAAAAAUGUUUUUAAAUGUUUUUAUUUAUUUUUUUACAUCAUAGCUUUUCUUUGUAUUCCUUUUUUUUAUUUUUUAUUCUAAAACGUAUUUUUCUAGAUUUAAACCUUUUUUUAAAUCACAUAUUUUUAAUGUGGUUUCAGACUUCUGGACCCCAAUGUACACUCACAAAAUCCAAUAUAUAAGUUAUCAAAGAACAAGGAAAAGGAUUACUCUUUCCCUUUUGAAGAACAUGUUUUAGGAUUUUGGUGAGGACUAAAAGCCCUAAAUCUGAGCGAGUGUGUGUGUGUGUGUGUGUGUUUGCGGAUAUUUUUGCAUGCGUGUGUGUUGCAUUAUCCGGGGCAGCUAGCAGUUCAACUGCUUCUGAGACUGUUACCUCUUAUCUCCAGUCUGUUUAGUGUUUUAAAUGCUUGGCUUUUAUAAUAUGUUUAUUCUUGGUUAUUGCUUUUGAAGAAGUACAGUUAUUUUUCUGUAUUGUUGGAGCUCAAGUAUAUGGACUUGCAUAAGUGAGAGUUUUUCAGAGCACUGAAUCAAAGGACAAAGAAAAGUUGGAUAUCUCAUCAGGCAAAGCUGGAAAACUUGUCCUUUCAAGCCGUCCCUUAAACACUUUGUGAUGUGUCAGAAUACUGCAAGUUUGCUCAAAGAAACACAUCAUCGAAGUUCGGUUCAAUAUGAGCUCUGAAUGAACACCAUUCAGAAAAUAUAUUAAUAUUAUUAAUAAUAUUAACUAAAGGGAGUGUGUUAGAAAAACCUGUUUUUGGCAGUGAGACGGCAGAUUGCUUUCAAAGCACUGACUGAGCAGUUGAUUUAAAAAAAAAAAAAAAAACGGAUCCCUUAUUCGGUGCAUUAUUUGGUGUGGUUUCUUAUGCAUGUGUUGGGAUCAGAUGUAUAAUCAUGGGCAUAAUUUAGGAUACUAUUUUGGGUUUUCUUCACACGUCAAAACGAGGUGAUUAGAUUCGUUACAUAUUACGUGUAUACUUCAUUUUUUAAGUUUCAAACCAGGAUACACAGGACAAGUGGGUGUAGGGCAAUCCCUCACUGUGGAUUUUUCAGAAAGUGUCCAUCCACUCUCGACUGGAAUUAUGAUUGGAAAAACAGUAGUUCCAAAAUAUGUAGUUUAUUUGAUUGAAAUGAGACACUGUACACGUAAGCCGCCCAUUUUAAUGUUACAGCAUUCACAAUGACCGCAUAAACAGGGCUGCGUAGAGUGUUACCAAUGUGCCUAUUUUGGCUGUGUGUUACACACUAAACUUAGCAGAAAGCUAAUCGGCAAAAAAUAAUGAAGUGAUCAACUCACCCAUUGUAUGAAAAAAGACAUCUGUCGGGCAGUGACAGGUACACUAUUGUGUACUACAGUGAAUCUGACUGGAUCCAGAUGAUUUAAAGGAAUAUUCCAGGCUCAAUUAAUUGAGUUAAGCUCAAUUGGCAGCAUUUGUGGCAUAAUGUUAUUACCACAAAAAAUGAUUUUGACUAGCUUCUUUUCUUUACAAAAAUAAAUUAAAAAAAUCAAGAAUCGAGGUUACAGUGAGGCACUUACAAAAGAAGUGAAUGGGGCCAAUUUUUGGAGGGUUUAAAGCCAAAAAUGUGAAGCUUAGAAUUUUAUAAAAGCACUUAAAACUCAUGUAUUAUUUGAGCUGUAAAAACAUUUAUACAGUCAUCUUUGGGUUUACUGUGUUACAUCGUCAUGGCAACGAAGUCUUGAGACACUUGUGUUCUGUUUCAUUCUAGAUUGUUUUGGCGCAGGUGUCACAAAGAUUUGACGUUCUGAAAAAGAUUCAACGAGAAUUCGUCACAAUAGUUCAAGGUGGUACAAGUUAAUUCAUAAGAAAGUUAUACAUCCACCAAUGAGAGAUGCUUCCUUCAUGUCCUUGUAGUUAUCGAUGUGGCAUUUAUUCUGUGUUAAUCCGAAACUGUGUUUUCGUAACUUUAACCCCUAACCCAAACCCCAUCCCUAAACCUAACCAUAAAGUGUAACACCUAACCCUUACCAGAGCGUAAAAGUAACCAUGAUACUAACAUUAAAAGGCCUGAUGUGUAAUCGUGAAGCGUAUGUGAUUAGUUGUACGUUUCGUACGAAUUAAGUUGUAAGAACUGGUAUGAAUUCGCCACCUAAUACUAUUGUGAUGAAUUCUCAUGAGACUAUGUUGCGUUUUAAAGAGGACUUUUUGUGACUAUUACACCGUUACACAUGAUUCCAGAUUGUUUUUCAUCCAGUGAAGUUUCAGCACUUAAUAAAUGGUAAGCCUAAAAUACAGCCUAUUGCAACAAAUUGGAGAAGUAACUAUAAAGAGAUUGCGAUUUUGGGUUCCGGUCAGGUUCGGGCUUAAAAUUUGACAAUACCGGUCGGGUUGUACAGUCUCCAAAGCAAAUAACAUAAAAUAAAAAAGCAAAUAUAUUGUUGUGUAAUGUGUAGAUUUUGACAUUUACAUGUCAAUUUACAGUCAAAGACUCACCAACGCAUUUCAUAGAGUAUUUUUUUAACAGUAAAUAUUUAGAACAUUUUAAUCUAAAACCAUAAAAUGUAAUCCCUGAGGCCAAAAUGGAUCUGCAAUGUCUGAUUUGCCUCUGUGGCGACGGAAAAUGAACAUGGACAUAGACAGUGAAAUUUGCUAUUCUUUCAGCUUGUCGUUAAAGAUUAAUUUUUAUUUGGGCAUUUCUCAAAAAGUUAGCCAACUUGACAUGCUGCUUGCAAUGAGAGAACAGCAGGGACCAGCAACACCCUUGUAAAACUGGGACUGGCCCAGGUAAAUAGGGGCAUCUAGUCCCUCUAAUUAUAUGCUCUAUACAGCUUCCACUGUCGUGGGACAGAAACUUUCAUACACACUUCCUAUGCAAAAUAUCUAUCAGAAAAUCUUUCACUUGUGUAAUAUUUUUGAAGGGAGCUCAAAGAUCAGAAUUUUUUCUCAAUUUUGAAUUUUUACUUUUACUAACUGCAAUUCUAAUAUGGAGUCAUUGAAUAAGGUGUUAAAAUGUUUGUAUAGUUUAUAGUAUACUUAUUUUGAAAUUAUAAUUAAUGUCUGUAAAAUAGUAUACAUAUAUGUAUAUUGACUUGGUACAAUCAGAUUUAUUACUCUUAAACAAUGUUUGUAUCUCUGGAUAGGUGUUAAUUUAGCCUAUAACAGUAUAUCUGUAUGACAAAUUAGUAUUGUCACUAAAUCUGUUGCCCUCAAAAUCUUUUGUCUCAUUCAUUUCAGUCAUUCUUUCCUGCUGUAAAACACUGCACUGUAAAUAUAUAUGUUGGUGUAGCUAUACAUUAGUUUUAGAAGCUGUACUAUAAGACACUGAACUCCAUGAUCCACAAUGCAACAGUGUGGCAGGAUUGAGUGUCAGAUAUCUUUCUGCUUACAGUGGCUCGUAGAGCUUGUAGGCCACAUUCACAGUCUUAUUCACCUUUAAAUGCUUGGGCAGCAACAGGGUUUGGCUCAAAUUAAAAAAUGCAACCUCCUAAGACCAAGUGUGACUGCUGCGUGCAUUUUCCAUUCCCCUUUUUGAUUUGUAACACCUAAGAAACAUUUUUUAGAUUUUUUUUUUAUUUUUUUAGACCAAAUAGUUUUCCCACAUAUGUGGACAGUGAGAAUAAGUUGUGACAUUUUAAAUAAUACCAAGCUAUAGAAAGUCAGAUUUUUUUUUUUAUUUUUUUUUUAUCAAAUUGUUUAUAUUAUCCAAUUGCUGCCAAACAUGUUAAAAUAAAAGUUUGCAUGAAAAAUUCAGAAUCUAUGUACUGAUUAUCAUUGUCCCAUGUCUGCCAAACAUGUUGAGUGAUCCAAACAUCAUCUGCAGCCUGAAACUGAACUGUUGACCGGAUGUUAGGAGUGAAUGCACUUAGGAUUCAAAUAGGAAAACUAUAAGAUGCUCUCUUGCUUCCAAAUUAAGGCAUUACUUAACCUCCAUUGUGCUGUCUGUUUGCACUGGUCUCAGAACCUUAUUUUCAUCCUAACUCCGUAUACAGCCUCAGAAAGCAACAUUUUCCAGUUUUUGGAGUCAUCCAUUUAUUCUCAAUGUAAUAAUGCACAGUGAAGGAUAUUUUAUGGAAAAUUAGCCUAUAGUCCACGUACGUGGUCAUUCUGUUUAACAGCGUGCCGCUUUGUGAUAAAUCAUUGAAAUUUUGAAAGUGGCAUAUUGGAUGAAACUAGAGACUCUAAUCUUUUGACUCAAACAGGUUUUAAUGAAAACUUAACGAGGUUUCUUACCAGAUGUAGUUUUGUUUCCGUUUCUCCUAAAGACAAACUCAUCUGUGAUCGGUGCCAUGUUGUUUUGUCACAUGACUCGGUGCGUCAGAAGUUUAACCCUUUAAUGACAGCACAGAGUGUCCUGAACUGAGAUCAGCCAGUUUAAUUGAAAUUAAAUUAUGCAUAGCCUAUAGCGAAGCCAAAACUUAAUGUCCACACAUGUGGUCACCGGGUCUCAGGAGGUUAAGAAUGGGCUCUCUUUCGAUUCAUGAGUGUGAAUUUGAAUUUAAUUGGCCACGCCCCACAGGAUGUUGAAUUGGAGUUUAAAUUGGAAUGACUGGAAGAUAAAUUGACAGAAUCCAACCAAGUGAUACAACAGUGGAAUUUCAUUAGUUCAACACAAGUCAAAAUUGCGCAACCUGAAGAAAUCAAGGUAGUUUUCCCACACAUAGAAAAAUAUCAUUUUUUGCUCUUUAUGCCACCUUCAGUCGUCACUUUUGAGCAGCCCAGUAGUUCACUGCAGCCUGCUGAGUGUGCUCUACAGUGCAAGUCACUUGUGCACUUAUUUGUCUCUCUCUUUCUGAUGGUUAUCUUUCCAAAUCUCAGUCUGAAACAUCUCUGAUCAUGGGCAAUGUGUGUGUACAUUUUUAAUUUACGUCAGAGUCUUUAUUUUUUUUUUUUUAAAUCAUCAUGCUUUAAUGUACAAUACAGUUGUUUUGUCAUUUUAUUCAUGAUUAGUAUACAAGAUUACGUUUGAUUUUCUCCAAGCGGCCGAUAGUUUUUUUUUUUUGUCCUAUUAAUAUUUCUUUUACAAUGACAAUGCUCUUUGUGAAUGUUUUUAAAAAUAAUGUUUAAAUGUACAGAAUUUUACAACAAUUGCCAUGUUAUAAUAUGUUACACAGUUAUAACUGAAUUAUUGGUGGUAAAUGACAAGUGUUCAUUAUGAAUAUUUUGGUCGAUGUUUUUAUUGUUUAGUCUUGAUUAGACACUAAACGUAAAGUUUUUUUUUAAUACAGUUAUAAGCAAGAUGAUACUCUUAUAUAAACAUAUGCAUUUAAAGGAUAGUGACCUCAAAGUUCGCCCCUGAUGAAACAUUGCAUGUUUUGGUCUUUUUCAUUCCAGACUCGUUAAUAUUUAAAUUAUCACAUAUUUAUCGUGUUGGCAUGCUUUUCCAGUGCUAGGCUUGGUUUUCUUGCAUUUCACAGCUUGGAUUGGAGUAAUCAGUGAAGUACCUGUUAUAUCUUUCAUUUUAGAUUUAUCCCAUAAAAUGUUUAGAAGCAGAAGCACUUUAUUGGCUGUUAAAUAACACAGUGGUUACACAUAAAUUAAACAGCAUACAUAUUCUGCCAAGGAGAUGAGACAGAGACAGUCUGCUUGUAUGACUUCAUUACACCACAAGGCCUGUCGAUUAAAUCAGAUUAUGUGUAAUGUUAGCUAGUAUGAUACUUAAGUUUCUUUAGCUCUUUAUACUACCAGACAACAUUGAGGAUGCUCAUGAAUUGUCACUGGUCUUUAUUGAAAAUCAGAAAAUGUUUUGGCUAUUGAAUGACUUUAAUCUUUAAAUAACAAGAGUGAUUAUCACAUAUGCCCAUUUUAAAAAUGAACUUCAAAUUGUUAAUUCUAGAAGUACGAGAAAAUAGGUAAACAAAAGCUAAAUGUUUUGAAAUGUUAUCUAUCUAUCUAUCUAUCUAUUCUUUCCAUCCAUCCAACCCUUUCCAUCAGUUUAAGGGGUACUACUGCAUUACAUCCAUGUAGUCAUCUGCCGCUGAUGUUACAAGUUGUUCAAUAGAGAAGCAAUAUAUAUAGUAUUGUAAACAUAACAUACAGCUUUGCCAUUUUCAGAUUUGGGAGUCAACUCAACAUUAAUUCUCUGUAACUGUGUGUGUUUGUGCGCAAAAAAACAUGGAGAGAAUAAUACAUUCUUACUCUGUUUGCUUCAAGCUAUGUUAUUUUUAUUUCAGUGUACAAAUGACUGUUAAAUGAAGAAAAAAUGUAUAUUUAUUUUAUAUUCUAGAUUGUAUUAAAAUCCUUUUUUUUUUCUUCA